CGGCCCAGCGCAGCGCCCCGGCACGGCCCGGCCCGGCCCAGCCCCGAGCCCCAGCAGAGAUGAGCGGGACGGCGGCUGCCUCGGGCACCACGUAGGACGCCGCCCCGCCCCGCCCCGCCCCGGAGCCGAGCGGAGGCGUCUCCCUGCCCCGCGGGGCGGCCCGUGUCGGCGCGCUCUCCGUAGCCCCCAGCCGCUGCGCUGCGCUCGUUGCCGGGCGGGCGGGGGCGGCCCGAUGUGCGACGCGCUGGACGCGCCGGCCGCCGAGAAGAUGGGCAGGAUGAAAAAGUUGCGCCGAACUUUGUCCGAGAGUUUCAGCCGAAUCGCCUUGAAGAAAGACGAUAGCAGCUUCGAUGAGAUAUGUGUCACAAAGAUGUCUACACGGAAUUGCCAAGGAAUGGACUCAGUAAUCAAACCCCUGGACACAAUUCCUGAGGACAAAAAAGUCAGAGUUCAGAGAACACAGAGCAGUUUUGAUCCAUUUGAGAAACCAGCUAAUCAAGUAAAGAGAGUUCAUUCAGAGAACAAUGCGUGUAUUAACUUCAAAACUACAUCAACAGGGAAAGAAUCUCCUAAAGUCAGACGGCAUUCUAGUCCCAGCUCUCCUACAAGUCCCAAGUUUGGAAAAGCAGACUCUUAUGAAAAACUGGAAAAACUAGGGGAAGGAUCAUAUGCCACAGUAUACAAAGGGAAAAGCAAGGUAAAUGGGAAAUUGGUGGCAUUGAAGGUGAUUAGAUUACAAGAAGAGGAAGGAACUCCAUUUACAGCUAUCAGGGAAGCUUCUCUUUUGAAAGGAUUGAAACAUGCAAACAUUGUGCUGCUUCAUGACAUCAUUCACACCAAGGAAACAUUGACACUUGUAUUUGAAUAUGUGCAUACUGAUUUAUGUCAGUACAUGGACAAACACCCUGGAGGACUUCAUCCAGACAAUGUGAAGUUAUUUUUAUUUCAGUUGCUGCGAGGACUGUCUUACACCCAUCAGCGUUACAUUUUGCACAGGGACCUGAAACCACAGAAUCUUCUGAUCAGUGACACAGGGGAGUUAAAGCUGGCAGACUUUGGUCUUGCAAGAGCCAAAUCAGUCCCCAGCCACACAUACUCUAAUGAAGUGGUUACCCUGUGGUACAGACCUCCAGAUGUCCUUUUGGGCUCAACAGAAUACUCCACUUGCCUCGACAUGUGGGGAGUUGGUUGUAUCUUUGUAGAAAUGAUCCAAGGAGUUGCUGCUUUUCCUGGAAUGAAAGACAUUCAAGACCAACUUGAAAGAAUAUUUCUGGUACUUGGAACACCAAAUGAAGACACUUGGCCAGGAGUCCAUUCUUUACCCCAUUUCAAACCAGAACGAUUUACCCAGUAUGGUCCUAAAAACCUUAGACAAGCAUGGAAUAAGCUAAGCUACAUGAAUCAUGCAGAAGAUCUGGCCUCCAAACUGCUCCAGUGUUUCCCAAAGAACAGAUUGUCAGCACAGGCAGCCCUGAGCCAUGAGUAUUUCAGUGAUCUGCCCCCACGGCUAUGGGAGCUAACAGAUAUGUCCUCUAUUUUUACUGUACCGAAUGUAAGAUUACAACCAGAGGCUGGAGAGAGCAUGAGAGUCUUUGGGAAAAACAAUAGUUAUGGCAAAAGUCUAUCAAACAGCAAGCACUGAAGAAUACUUAGACUUACUACAGAGAGUGCAGGAUUAAGCUCACCAGUCUGAAGGAAGGGAACAACAUUUAAUGAGGAGACCAGUAAUAUGAAGGAACCAUGGCCCUGUUUCCUUUCUCUCUCUCUCUCUCUCUCUCUCUGUCUGUCUGUCUCUCUCUCUCUCUCUGUCUCUCUCUAUGGUGGAUUUCAUUCAAAAGAAAAUUGAAGCUGGCAAGAUACUGUUUUCCCCUGCAAUUAUUUAAAACCUUGCACGCAUUUGGAUACCUUGUGAUUUCGGAGAACUAUGUGAAGAUUAAGCUUUUGCUUACUGAUACAUGGCAUGUACUCUUUUCAGUCUUUUGUGUUUGAUUUUGUUUGAUUUUCCACAGCAGUGUAACAUCUUUGUAAGGAUUUUUAUGCUUUCACCAGCAAUGUCUUAAAUACAUUAAGACAACACAUUUGGUGUUCACACUACUACAGUAAUGUCUGUACAUAAAAAAAAUAGUGGCAUAAAAGAAUGUGUGUUUUCUUUGAGAAAUAUUUUGCAACCUACAGGAAGACUAUUUCUAGCUAGUGCAAGCCCAAUGUGAUGGAUUGAUUGACAAUUACAGUACCGUGCCACUACGCCUAAAAUGUCCUGUCCACCCCCCUUCCCCCCAGCUUCCAGAGCAUUCAGAUCCAUUUUUUAAACAUGGCAAUAAUUGCAUGUUUAUUUAGAAACUCAGAAUUUGGUUAAUCUGCUUAAACUAUGUAGCAUGUCAGUUUUCAAAAUAGGCCUGCAUUGAAAACAAACAUGCAUACAUACAAAAAAAAUUACAAGACAUAUUCCCUAACAGAUACAGUGACACAUUUCUUAUCCUUUUAGUUCCAUUAAGAGUAUACAGUAUUCAUUAAUGUUUUGGGGCCUUGAUUACAUCUUUUACUUUUUCCACACUAUUUUUCUUCUGGAAUAUUUUCUGAAAUAGAUGACAAGGAGAGGAUGAAAGAGAACUGAGAUGACUUUAGGGCAACUUAGGACAACUACUUGGAUGUAGAAACAGUAUUUGCUGAAUGAGCCAUUAGAACUAGCUUUGUUUUCUGCUUCUUAAAAAGCACACUGAAAAGUCAUCCUAAUCCAAGACAUUUGCUGUUUCUCACCAAUGUACCUUUCCUUAGACAUUCUGCACUAGAAAACACUUAAUUGCUUUUUUCUUAAUGAAACAUUUAAAUGCACACUUUGCAAACAGUGCAGUACAUAAUUUUUAAAAAGGAUGGCCUGCUACCUCUGGCUGGAGGAGAAAGGCUAGGUGUGAGAGAAAUUUGUAGAGUAUGAUGGCUCCAAUGUAGAAUGCAGAAAACUGAACACAGAUACUGGGAAUGGAGCAAAUUCUACUGUUGAGUUACAAUAGUGCUUGAAAGGGAGUUUCAAGACUUUUUAUUCAAAAUAUAAAGGUUUCUUUACUUCCUGAGUUCAUGUGCUGUCAUAAAAAUGCAUUGGUUUAGCAUUUAAUGUUUCAUUUGGAAGGAGGAAAGCGACUCUGAUUAAUACCCCUUAAUCACAUUCUAGCAGUGUUUCUGCUGGGAACUACUAAAGAACACCCAAUAAAGCAAAUCCUUGAUUGUUCAGAAGGUACCAGUAGGUACCAGGUAUGUCUUAUGAACCAGUAUAAAUAUUAUUCUGUACUUUCAAACACAGUUAAGGUGUGAAUAUAUACCCAAUAACUGCAUAGCCAUUAAAACUAUAAGUCCCCUGUGACAUCUUUGCAGUUCAGAAAUGGAAAGUGACUGAAAUCACACUCUGGUUUAAAACUUGCUACAAAUUUUCUCCCAUGUUUAUAAGGGAAAGAAGAAAAAAUCCACUGAACUUCUGAAUUUACCACACACAGAAACUGUCUUAUUUAUAAUUUACUUUGAGUUUCAUGUUUCAUUUUUUUGUAAGAGGAAAAUCUUUUGUACAUUAUCUAUGCUACUUAAAUCAUAAGCCAUUCAGUAUUUAAAAUUAGCUGGUUUUUAAAGAAAAAGGCUUUACAUUACUGCAAAAAUCUGAAGAUUUUUUGAAAAAUGUAACAAAGGUUUCAGUUAGUAAAAGAAGUAUAGUUUCUUAGACAUAGAUCUACUUUGGCAGCUUAAGUAGGGAGGUAAACAAUUCUUCUCAACAAAACAUGUAAUGAUUUGAUGUAGAGAGUAAUUCCUCAAACUGUUCCCUUCACAGGGUUACAAAUCUAGCACCUUACUAUACAUCUUAAAUUAAACAUAGCAUUUGCUCAAGUUGUGUGUGUGUGUGUGUGUGUGCGCGCGCACACGUGUGUGUGAGAGAGAGAGAGAGAAAGAGAGAGAGAAAUUCUCUUCUCUCCCUAGCCCUACAUUUAAACAACCAUUGAAAUCAUUAAAAUUUGUAGCCAAAAUGAUCAAACCCGAGUGCCUGAAGUGAGGCACAUGAAUAUAGAUAGGGUGUAAAUAGAAAGUGAUUCAAUUUUUAGAGGUUCUACGCGUAUCUGAACUACCAGCAGAAUUUGGGGCAAUUUGAAGAACCAGUUCACUCAGUUUUGCACCCGACUUCAGGCCCCAAGUUUGGGCUGUGUUCAUUCACAGAUUUAUUCUUCUGUUGAGGAAGCUCUGGAAUGCAUGUGUGAGUUUUGCUCUGGAGGGAAGGGAUGUUUUGUAUCCAGAAAUCUGACAUGGUCAAGCAUAGGCUAUUACAAAAAUGUUCACUUGGAUCCCCAAACCCAUCCAAGGUUUAAUGAAGCUCUAAAUGUUGUUCUAGGUCUUGAAAACUCCCAAGCUCUGGCUGUGAUGAUUACAUGAUGUGUUCCCUGUUCCUCUCCUUCCAGAGCAGUCCCUACCUACCUCGUUAUCACCUUUCAAAAACCAUCAGCUAGAUCCCAUACUAAAUAUGAGAUUCUCUUUUUAUUGUUAUUUGUGAGGAAGGAGGGGGUUGGCGGGGUCAGUAACAUACUGAACAGGUGUUUCCUCCACAGCUCUCCACAGAGACACUGGCUCACCAUCCUCCUGCUGAAUGCUCUUUAGGGGACAUUAGGCAGGACAAUGGCUGCUCCCCAGUCAAGUCUAAAUCUGUUCUACCUGGGGCAAGAACAGGCAACCUAGCUCUGAAAGAGUGCUGUAGGGACCAGGAAAAAGUCCUGUUCCUGCUGUCAGCCACUUCUGUGUUACACUAUGGGCAUGCAACGUAGCAUUUCCUAUUCCUCUUGGCUGGUUUAGCAACCAAGCACAAGCAGAAACAGUAAUCUCUGUGCUUGAGAAGCUGUUAGACAUUAUUGGUCCCUGUUCACCCAUAGUGACUGAUGGCAGUAGUGGGAUAGCUUUCAUUUUCCUACCACAUGGCUGUCCCUUGAAGAUGCUGUUCAAAAUUGAUGGGAGCUGAUGGCUUUACUUGAGAGAAAGGAGGGAGCAUCUGUUUAGCAUCCUUGAAAUUUCAGGGCAGCUGUACCAGGCACAUGAAAGCAGAAAAGCAUGCUUUAGCCCCCUGAAGUAAGUGGCUGAUAGGGGGAGGUGGUGAUGUGGAUGGUCUGUGGGAAAGGAGGAUUCUUGGGAUGUUUAAGUUCAUAUGUCUGAACUUUACAAGUUAACCAGCUGGAGAUGGAGUAGUCCACAGUCCUGUAGGGUUAGGGUCACCUAGCCCUAACACAUCAUACCUAGCAGAGGGUUGCACAGCACUGGUCAGGACACUCUAGCACUGUGAUAGUAUCAACUGCAUCAUCACUGCAUAGUAUCCUGAAUUGGUUUGGUCUCUUUAUUUUUAUAUAUAUUUUUAAAGAAAAUCAUUGUGUAGGAUAGUAAAUCUGCACAUGCAGCACAUGAAAACUUUACCUGCAGUGGCUAGAGAUGCUGGGGAGGCAUUCUUCCCUUUGGUGGGUGGGAGAUCCUGACUUAGGCAGCUCUCACUAAUGCCAAAGGAAAUUAGAAUUGCAAAUUCCUGCUUACUAGUGGGAUAUCUAUCCCUCAGUGUGCUCUUUGGAAGUGUACACAUGACUGAAUGUAUAGUCAGUGCUCUGUUAUGCUUCUAUAAAAAUACUCAUCUGUGAAUAUUAUUGGUUUUGUAAUCUUUGUUAUAUAAAAUGUUUAGGCUGUACAUACUGGGGAGCAAAAUACUGAUACCCCAUAUAAAUAGAAAUAUUGCAUUACUGAGCAUAACAGUAGCCUACCCUACUUACGUAUAGGGGGAGGUAAAUGUAUAUGUUACUGCCUUGCAUUUUUGACAUAAGCAAAAUUAAUUUAAAGGAUGCACUAUAAAAUCCCACCCAAAAAUAUAUUUCAGCAGUGCAGCAUAAAAACUCCUGGCUCACCAGCUGAAGUUGGGUUUUUUGUAGGAUGCACUAAGAGGUGUUUCUUUCAAAAGGGGUUUGGUACAUGAAAACAAUGUUAAUGUAAUUAAGUAUAUAUAUAUACUUCAGAAUGACAGCAUAGUAAGCAGUACGGUAAAAUUAAUGUUGCAUUAUUUGUUACAACUUGUAAUUUGUCUGUAUUUUGGAAGAUGUGAUGGUUUGUCAGCUGUAACUGUUGUUUUCUUGUAACAUGAUCUUGAAUAAAGUGUAGCAGAAUCUC